AUGGCCAUGGCAGGGGCCGAGCUAUUGCCCCUGGUCCUGCAGCUCGGGAGCCUGGCACUGACUGCAGGCAGCGUCGCCACGGGAGGUGAUGUUGUCCCCAGGGAACCCUUUGGGCUUGCUGACAUCCAUGACUACAGGCAGCAGGCACACACCCAUUCCCUGGCCCUUGCUGGACAGCCCUUGGAGGAGCGGUUGGGACAGCUAGAGGCUGAGGUGCUGGAGCUCAGAGAGCAGAACAGGGACUUGCAGGAAAGGGUGAAGCGGCUAGAAUCCUGUGAGUGCCAUCUGGCCUCUUCCCAGUGCUGGGGGCUGGGACGCAUCUGGCCUGAAGGGGCUCGUUGGGAGCCUGAUGCCUGUACGGCCUGCAUCUGCCAGGAUGGGGCUGCACGCUGUGGUCCCCAGCCCAACCUGCCCCAUUGUCAUGCCUGCAACCACAAUGGUCAGACCUACAGCAAUGGAGAGACCUUCUCCCCAGACACCUGCACCAUCUGCCACUGCCAGGAAGGAACCAUAACCUGUACCCAGAGGCCAUGCCCAAGAGGACCUUGCCCUGAGCCAGGAGCAUGCUGUGCACACUGUGAACCAGGCUGUGAGUAUGAGGGACAGCUGUAUGAGGAGGGGGCCAGCUUCCUGCCCAGCUCCAAUCCCUGUCUCCAGUGCUCCUGCCAGAGGAGCCUGGUUCGUUGUGUGCCCCUGAAGUGCCCACCCAGCCCCUGCCCUGAGCCAGUCUUGAGGCCUGGACACUGCUGCCCAGCCUGCCAAGGCUGCACAGAAGGUGGCUCUCGCAGGGACCAUGGCCAAGAAUGGACUGCACCUGGGGACCCCUGCCAGAUCUGCCAGUGCCUGGAGGGCCACAUCCAGUGCCGCCAGCGAGAAUGUACCAGCCUGUGCCCAUACCCUGCCCGGCCCCUCCCAGGCACCUGCUGCCCAGUGUGUGAUGGCUGUUUCCUAAAUGGGCGGGAGCACCGCAGCGGGGAGCCAGUAGGCUCCAGGGACCCCUGCUUGCAGUGCCGCUGUGCUAAUGGGAGUGUCCAGUGUGAGCCUCUGCCCUGCCCGCCCGUGCCCUGCAGACACCCAGGCAGGAUCCCUGGGCAGUGCUGUCCAGUCUGUGACAGCUGUGAGUACCAGGGACACCAGUAUCAGAGCCAGGAGACUUUCAGUCUCCAAGAGAGUGGCCGCUGCGUCCGCUGCUCUUGCCAGGCUGGUGAGGUCUCCUGUGAGGAGCAGGAGUGCCCAGUCGCUCCCUGUGGCCCACCUACCUCUGGCCCCCAGCUCUGCCCAGCCUGUGUGCUUGAUGGAGAAGAGUUUGCUGAGGGGGUCCAGUGGGAGCCCGAUGGUCAGCCCUGCACUUCCUGCUCCUGCCAGGAUGGGGUGCCUGUGUGCAGGGCUGUGCUCUGCCCCCCAGCCCCUUGCCAGCACCCCACCCAGCCUCCUGGUGCCUGCUGCCCCAGCUGUGAGAGCUGCACCUACCAUGGCCAAGUGUAUGCCAAUGGGCUGAACUUCACGGAUGCCGACAGCCCUUGCCACACCUGCCGCUGUGAGGAUGGGACUGUGAGGUGCUCUUUGGUCAACUGUCCUCCCAUGACCUGUGCCAGGCCUCAGAGUGGACCCGGCCAGUGCUGCCCCAAGUGUCCAGACUGCAUCCUGGAGAAACAGGUGUUUGUGGAUGGUGAGAGCUUCUCCCACCCUGGAGACCCCUGCCAGGAGUGCCAGUGUCAGGAAGGCCAUGCCCUCUGUCAGCCUCGGGCCUGCCCCAGGGCCCCCUGUGCCCACCCGCUGCCUGGUACUUGCUGCCAGAACAACUGCAGUGGCUGUGCCUAUGGCGGGAAAGAGUACCCCAACGGAGCAGAUUUCCCUCACCCUUCUGACCCCUGCCGUUUGUGUCACUGCCUGGGAGGCAACGUGCAGUGCCUGGCCCGCCGCUGCCCGCCACUGCCCUGUCCAGAGCCCGUCCUGCCACAGGGAGACUGCUGCCCGCAGUGCCCGGCUUCUCCCGCCAGCUGCAUGUGGCCCGGGUUCACUGUCCCCGCCCGCCACCAGGAACACUUCUCCCCGCCCAGCGACCCCUGCCGCCGCUGCCUCUGCCUCGAUGGCUCGGUGUCCUGCCAGCGUCUGCCCUGCUUGCCAGCGCUCUGCGCCCAUCCACGCCAGGGACCCUGCUGCCCUUCUUGCGAUGGCUGCCUGUACCAGGGGAACGAGUUCGCCAGCGGGGAGCGCUUCCCAUCGCCCAGCGUUGCUUGCCACACGUGCCUCUGCUGGGAGGGCAGCAUCAGUUGCGAGCCCAGGGUUUGUGCCCCAGCACAGUGCCCCUUCCCCGCCAGGGACGACUGCUGCCCUGUCUGUGAUGGCUGUGAGUACCUGGGGGAGUCCUACCUGAGUCUCCAGGAAUUCCCAGAUCCCCGAGAGCCCUGCAACCUGUGCACCUGCCUGGGAGGAUUUGUGACCUGCAGCCACCAGCCCUGUGAGCCUCUGGGUUGCAGCCACCCACUCACCCCACCUGGGCGCUGCUGCCCAACAUGUCAGGGAUGCUUCUACCAUGGGGUCACUGCUGCCCUUGGAGAAACCCUUCCUGAUCCACUUGAUCCCACCUGCUCCCUCUGCACCUGCCAGGAAGGUUCCAUGCAUUGCAAGAAGAAGCCAUGUUCCCCGGUUCUCUGCACGCACCCCUCUCCAGGACCCUGCUUCUGCCCUGUUUGCCAUAGCUGCCUCUCUCAAGGCCAGGAGUACCAGGAUGGGGAGGAGUUUGAGGGGCCUUCAGGCAGCUGUGAGCAGUGUCGCUGUCAGGCUGGCCAGGUCAGCUGUGUGCGGCUGCGGUGCCCACCCCUGCCCUGCCUGUUACAGGUCACAGAGCCAGGGAGCUGCUGCCCUCGCUGCAGAGGCUGCCUCGCUCACGGGGAGGAGCACCCUGAAGGCAGUAGCUGGGUGCCCCCCAACAGCCCCUGCUCCUCCUGCAUGUGUCAUGAGGGUAUCGUCACUUGUGCCAGUGUCCAGUGUGUCAGCUCCUGCGCCCAGCCCCACCGGGGGCCCACUGACUGCUGCCCUCGUUGCUCUGACUGUGUGCAUGACGGUCGGAAGUAUGAGCCUGGGGAGAGCUUCCAGCCAGGGGCUGACCCCUGCGAAUUGUGCAUCUGUGAGUCACAGCCUGAGGGGCCUCCCAGCCUUCACUGUCGCCGGCGGCAGUGUCCCAGCCUGCUGGGCUGCCCACCUAGCCAGCUUCUGCCCCCUGAUGCCCAGCACUGCUGCCCCACCUGUGCCCAGGCGCUGAGUAACUGCACAGAGGGCCUGCUGGGCUCUGAGCUGGCCCCACUAGACCCCUGCUACACCUGCCAGUGCCAGGACCUGACAUGGCUCUGCACUCACCGGGCCUGUCCUCAGCUCAGCUGUCCCCUGUUGGAGCAUCAUAUUCCCCCAGGGAGCUGCUGCCCUGUGUGCCAGGAAUGUGUGGUAGAGGCCAGUGGCCGGAGAGUGGCCGAUGGAGAGAGCUGGCGGGACCCCAGCAACGCCUGCAUUGCUUGCACCUGCCAACGGGGUCAUGUGGAAUGUCACCUCGAGGAGUGCCAGGCCCUUUCCUGUCCCCAUGGCUGGCUGAAAGUGCCCAAGACUGGCAGCUGCUGUGAGCAAUGCCAAGCUCCCACCCAGUCGUGUGUCCACCAGGGCCGUCAGGUGGCUGUCGGGGAGCACUGGGCAGUGGACACCUGCACCAGCUGCUCUUGCGUGGCUGGCACUGUGCGCUGCCAGAGCCAGCGCUGUCCACCGCUUUCUUGUGGCCAGGACGAGGCCCCUGCCCUGAGUCCUGGCAGUUGCUGCCCUCGCUGCCUACCCCGGCCCGCUUCCUGCAUGGCCUUCGGAGACCCCCACUACCGCACCUUCGACGGCCGCCUGCUGCACUUCCAGGGCAGCUGCAGCUAUGUGCUGGCCAAAGACUGCCAUGGCGGGGACUUCAGUGUGCAUGUGACCAACAAUGACCGGGGCCGGAGAGGUGUGGCCUGGACCCAAGAGGUGGCAGUGCUGUUGGGAGAUGUGGUUGUGCAGCUGCUGCACGGCAAGACAGUCAUGGUGGAUGGCAGCCCAGUGGCCUUGCCCUUCCUGCAGGAGCCUCUGCUGUAUGUGGAGCUGUGGGGACGCUCUGUGAUCCUGCACACCCAGCCUGGGCUCAAGGUACUGUGGGAUGGGCAGUCCCAGGUGGAGGUGAGCGUGCCAGGCUCCUACCGGGGCCAGACUUGUGGACUUUGUGGGAACUUCAAUGGCUUUGCCCAGGAUGAUCUGCAGGGCCCUGAUGGGCUGCUCCUGCCUACAGAAGCUGCAUUUGGGAACAGCUGGCAGGUUCCAGAGGGGCCAAGGCCUGGCCGGCCUUGUUCUGCAGGCCAGGAAGUGGAUCCAUGCCGGGCAGCAGGUUACCGUGCCAGGCGUGAGGCCAAUGCCCGGUGUGGGCUGCUGAGGUCCUCCCCAUUCCAUCGCUGCCAUGCUGUGGUGCCACCGGAGCCCUUCUUUGCUGCCUGUGUGUAUGACCUAUGUGCCUGUGGCCCUGGCUCCUCAGCUGACACCUGCCUCUGUGACGUUUUGGAAGCCUAUGCCAGCCACUGUCGCCAGGCAGGGGUGACACCUGCCUGGCGGGGCCCUACACUCUGUGUGAUGGGCUGCCCCCUGGACCGUGGAUUUGUGUUUGAUGAGUGUGGCCCACCCUGUCCCCGCACCUGCUUCAACCAGCAUGUUCCCCUUGGAGACCUGGAAGCCCACUGUGUGAGGCCCUGUGUUCCUGGCUGCCAGUGCCCUGCAGGCCUGGUGGAGCAUGAGGCCCACUGUAUCCCUCCUGAGGCCUGCCCCCCAGUCCUGCUCACCGGGGACCAGCCACCCAGCACUCUGCCCAGCCCCAGUUGGGAGCAGCUCCUUGCUUCACCUUGA